AUGUUGCACCACAAUAACCCAAACAUAAAGGACUUGAAAACCACACUCGAAAGAGUACUUCAAAAUAGUAAAAACUUUGAAAUUAUAAUACACGCUGAUAAUGCUGAUAAUGCUCACAGAGGACGUUAUAAUGCACCAACAACAAGUGAAGUAUCAUUGGUCAUAGUUGGACAACAAUUCGAAAAACGAGAUAUUGUGUUAAGUCAUGAUAACAAAUUGCAACGGCCUAAUGAAUUGCACCGUUCAUACGAUACACUCUAGUACCCAUUACUUUUCUGUCAUGAGGAGGAUGGUUAUUUCAUUAAUAUCUCUUAGAUUGAAGCAAAAACUAAAUUACCACUUCAGAAAACAGUUUCUGCAUCGCAAUUUUAUUCUUACCACAUCAUGAUUAGACAAACGGAAAUCAACCAUUUACUGUACUUAAGAUCACUUUUUAAUCAAUAUUUAGUUGAUAUGUAUGCUAAAAUUGAAACAGAGCGUUUAAAUUUUAUUAAAAACAAUCAAAUACAAUUCAGAGCUGAUAAUUACAUACAUCUCAGAGAUGCUAUUGGGAGACAAGAUACUUACAAGAUCUUACCCAUCUUGGUCAGAUGGUAGAGCUUCCGUCAUCCUUUACUGGCUCACCACGGUAUAUGCAUGAAAAAACUCAGGACGCCAUGACAUACGUUCGUCAUUACGGUCGUCCUGAUUUAUUCAUAACUUUUACAUGUAAUCCUCGAUGGAAAGAAGUUUCAAAUGCAUCACUAUCUAAACAAAAGUCCUACGAUCGUCAUAAUAUUAUAGCUAGGAUAUUUCAUUUAAAAGUUAAGACGUUAAUGAUAUUGUUAACAAAAGGGAAUUUGUUUGGGGAAGUGCAAUGUUUUAUGUAUUCGGUCGAAUGGCAAAAACGUGGUUUACCACACAUACAUAUUUUGUUAUGGCUAAAACAGCGCAUUUCUCCAGAUAAAUUAGAUUGUAUCAUUAGUGCGGAAAUACCUGAUCCUGAAAAAGAUUCUCUCCUAUACGAUAUUAUCAAAGCCAAUAUGAUCCAUGGGCCUUGCGGUAAUUCAAACAAUAGAUCACCCUGUAUGGAUUCAGAUAGCAAGAAGUAUCCUAGACCUUUCAUUCAAGAAACACAGACAGGAGACGCGGGUAUCCAAA